AUGGCAAACUCGACAUCUGACUGCAAUAUUCUUAUCGAAAAUCCGCUUCCCAGUGGGGAGAAGCGCGAGUACACUAUCGCUGAGGUGGACCGUAACGCUCCGAAAACCUCUUACGCAAGCCUCAGCAGAACGCGUGCUAGGGUGACCCUGGCUUGCGUCACUCUUGCGUACCUCAUUGUCAACCUGGACGGGUCUUCCCCGUCCCUUAUGACGAUUGGCAAAGACCUUGGCGCUUCUUCCCAAGAGCUUCCUUGGAUUUUCAAUGCAUUCACGCUCGUUUCUACCCCUCUCAUUCCGCUUUGGAGCCGUUUGGCUGUUGCAUUUGGAGAGAGGACUUGCGUUAGCAUUGGAUUGCUGACGUUUGUCGCCGGUUCAAUUGGCGCUGGUGCAUCUAAAAGCAUGGAGUCCCUUGCCACCUUUCGUGGUUUGCAGGGACUCGGAAAUUCCGCAAUCACCGCCAUGUCUCUCAUUGUUUUCACUGAUCUCUACCCGAUUCAUAAGCGUGGAUUUGCAUUCAAUAUUAUUGGUGCUGCCAUGGGCCUCGCAAUGAUUUUGGGCCCUGUUGUUGGCGGCUCGAUUACGGACAAUACUUCCAUGGGCUGGAGAUGGAUCUAUUAUAUUCUCGUUCCGUUGUCUGUUUUCCUCUUGCCGCUUCCAGUAUUGGUACAAAACUCUGGUGAUCGAAAAACCAGUCGCGGAGCCCUGAAGGAUAUUGAUUUCAUUGGCUUCUUCCUCCUGGUUGCUACCGCAGUGUGUCUUCUAUUGGCACUUCAAUGGGGUGGAUCCCAGUAUGAAUGGUCUUCUGGUGUCAUUAUCGGACUGUUCUGUGCUGCUGGUGUUGCAUUGGCAACCUUUGUAUACGUGGAAAUAUAUGUUGCAGUGCAACCUGUGAUGCCCCCGCAUAUGUUUAAAUCUGUCAACGCCAAUGCAGUCUUUCUUCUGAACUUUUUCCAAGCAGGCGCUUCGAUGGCUUUUAUGAUGUACGGGCCCAUGUUCUAUAAGGGCGACAAGGGUGAUACAGCUCUACAAUCUGCUGUUGAUGUCUCUCUUCCCCUGAACUUGUCUUGGAUGGUGUUUGGUAUCGCUUCCUCCCGACUUUUGCCUUAUGUUCGCGCCAAUCACCUGGUGAUCUUGGGUACCGCACUUACAACACUAGGGACAGGUCUCUUCUCCCUAGCAGUUUCCCAAGGAGUGCCAAACAAGGGGGUUGCAGCGCUUUACCUCAUGAUUUUUGGUGCUGGACAAGGGUUCUCCACGCAGAACAGCUUUCUGGUAGCCCAAGCACAUUUACCCGAAGGAGGUGACGCCAAGGUCAUGUCCAAUUUGCCCGCAUACUUUCACCGCAUUGGAGGAAGCAUCCUAGUCGCGGUUCUUUCUAGCAUCUACAAGCACGCCAAUGGUAACGGAGGAAUGAGUAUGGGUAGCGGAGGUGGUAUGAACAUGAGCGGGGGAACGAGCGGUGGAACGAGCGGUGGAAUGGGCGGUGGAAUGCAGGCACGAGACUCUAUGACAAUGACAAUGCCAAUGCCGAACAGUUCCGGCUCACAAGGAGGCAUGAACAUGGGCGGCAGCAAUUCUACGUCAAUGGGCGGGUCGAGCAUGCACAUGGGUUCUACUAUUGACGGUACCACUGCUGCAUUCCGAUGGUCCAUUCUGUUUGCCGGGCUCUCGUUUCUUCUUGCAUUUGGCCUCAAAAACACUUGGGUAAAACUCGGUCAAAGGAUGGCUCAUUAG